CAUCACUAGUCUUCGUCCUCUUACUUUCAGUUCACCAACUCCCAACUAUAAAUAUCAACUCAAAGAAUCCCUUUGUUAUAUUAUAAGGAAUUUAUAAUAUAUCUUCUGUCUUUUUCCGUAUUUAUUCUUUCACUUCUCUUGACUUCAAUCGCAUUAAAUCAGCAUUUCAAUAAUAAUGGCUGUCAGUACCUUUAGAAUCUGUGUGGUCACUUUACCUUUCAUUUUAACCCUUACUGCUUUGACUUUAGUCGUCUUAGCCUACUGUGGUUCCCAGUCCACUUUAUCAGGUAUAGCAAAUAUCUAUCUCUUCAGGUUUGAUUUAUCCAAUCUAGACAUAACAAAAAUAUUGGUGUCCACCUCAUCCACUCCAAUCUCCUCCUACGUUUCAACCUACGGUUUGUCAAACUUAAACUUUGGUCUUUAUGAUGUCUACUCUGUUGGUUUAUGGGGUUAUUGUAGAGGUACUAAAGAUGCUAACGACAACAUCGACAUCGUUAGCUGCUACAAAUCCUCUACUUAUUUUGAAUUGAGCAUUGAAGAUAUCAUUACAAGAGAAAUUACAAACUCUCAAAUUGCAAAUUCAAAUAUUAGGUCAAUCUUAACCAAUGCCCAAUUAACCUUACCUUCAGCCGUCACUUCCUACAACAGCAAUGGUGUCUUGUCUAGAUUAGUCUUCGUCACAAUGACAAUUGGUUUAGCAUUUUACGCUACACAAUUUUUCUUAAACUUCAGCGCUGUCAAAUCUCAUGUUGCUAGUUUCUUCUCGACUUUUGUUGCUUUUGUUGCCAACACUGUCAUCUUAAUCGCUGCUGGUUCUGCUGUUGGUGUUGCCGUUGCUUUCAGAAACAAAUUCAACGACUCUGAAGAAGUUUAUGGCUGGACUUCCACCUUAGGUUCUGGUGCUUUCCAUGGUUUAGUCUGGGGUGCUUUUGCUGCUGGUUGUUUAUCAAGUAUGGGUUGGUUCUUUGCCAUCUGUUUCGGUUCUACUAAGGUUGAUGAUGAUAAGGAAUCCAUUUCUUCUGCUUAGGUUUUUUUCUAACAACCAUAUCAACUAAAACGAAAAAAAAAAAAAAAAAACAACUAAAAUAAUAGAAUUCAAAAUUUAGAAUUUUAUAAAGGAGCAUUUUAUCAAAUUUUUAAUUGAAAAUCAAAAAAACAAACCCCAACAAAUUUAUUUAACUAUCUACUAUCCACUAUCCACUAUCCGUUAUUUUAUUAUUUUAU